AUGAAAAACCUAAAGGCGGUGACAGAGGGAAAAUCGGAAGUGGUGGCCAUGACACACAGAGAUAUGAGGGCGAAAACGAACUGGAAGAGGCGCAGAAAGAGCCCACACGGGGUACCAUCCGCACCUCGACAGUCCUUCAUCCUCGUCGCCGCCGGGGCUUCAAUGGUGAUCGAAGAAGAGUCCACUGGAUGCACCGCCGGUCUGCUCAUCAUGGUCCUCUUUUUCUAUACGCCCCCGAACCCCAGUUACAAACUAGCAAUUUUCACGGCUCACCGGCAAAUGCACUCAAGUAUCGCUUGA